GCUUCAAAAGCAUUCUCACGCGCAGACGAGCACUUUAUUUUUCAUCAAGUUUUUUUUGUGUUGUUUUGAAGCCGCUUUGAAUGAUAAACACAUAUUUUUGCUGUAAACUUUUUUAAUGGUUUCUAAACUCAUGGGACAACCAAAACAAGAAAGCCUCAUGAUUUGGGGGAAGGUUUGAUGUCAGCAAUGCCUAGAAAAGAGCCAAAGAUGUUUGUCUUGCUCUAUGUUACAAGUUUUGCCAUUUGUGCGAGUGGACAACCUCGGGGUAAUCAGUUCAAAGGAGACAGCUACUCCCCAAGAUAUAUCUGUAGCAUUCCUGGCUUACCUGGACCUCCAGGCCCCCCUGGAGCAAAUGGCUCCCCUGGGCCCCAUGGUCGGAUCGGCCUUCCAGGACGAGAUGGUAGAGACGGCAGGAAAGGAGAGAAAGGUGAAAAGGGGGCUGCAGGUUUGAGAGGUAAGACUGGACCACUGGGCCUUGCUGGAGAGAAAGGGGACCAAGGAGAGACUGGAAAGAAAGGACCCAUGGGACCUGAGGGAGAGAGAGGAGAAGUAGGUCCUGUUGGGCCUCCUGGACCAAAAGGAGACAGAGGAGAGCAAGGGGACCCAGGGCUGCCUGGUGUUUGUAGAUGUGGAAGCAUCGUGCUCAAAUCUGCCUUUUCUGUUGGCAUCACAACCAGCUACCCAGAAGAAAGGUUACCAAUUAUAUUUAACAAGGUCCUCUUCAAUGAGGGAGAGCACUACAACCCUGCAACAGGGAAGUUCAUCUGUGCUUUCCCAGGGAUCUAUUACUUUUCUUAUGAUAUCACAUUGGCAAAUAAGCAUCUGGCAAUUGGGCUGGUACACAAUGGGCAGUACCGGAUAAAGACCUUUGACGCCAACACAGGAAACCAUGACGUGGCUUCAGGGUCCACAGUCGUCUAUCUGCAGCCAGAAGAUGAAGUCUGGCUGGAGAUCUUCUUCACUGACCAGAAUGGCCUCUUCUCAGACCCAGGUUGGGCAGACAGCUUGUUCUCUGGAUUUCUUCUAUAUGUUGACACAGAUUAUCUAGAUUCCAUAUCAGAAGAUGACGAGUUCUGAUGAGGACUGCUGGUCUGAAUGUCCCAAGAUCCUUGUGGCAGACACAUUGAUUUAAUCUGGGGCCCUGGAAGGUGGGACAAGCAGAAAUGAGAUACAAAAAGACACCCACUCAGAUUCCAGAGAAUUUACAGACAGUUCUAGCAGAAUUUAUUAAAACAGGUUGAACCACCAAACCAUUGAAACCACACCAAAUUGAAUUCUAUAAAACAAUAACCCCAGAUAUGUUUUCUCAAAAACGAUGUUCAUAAAUAUUUAAACAAAUUAAAGACAAUGUUACAAAUUUUCUAUUAAAUUCCCUGAGUGCUAAAACCACCUGGCAAUGAUAUUAUAUCAUUAAAUCUUCAUAAAAUUA